CCAGCCCCGCCGUUACUCCGCCCCAUGGGCCUGGCCGGGGGGCAGCCGGCGGGCGGCGCGGAGGAGGCGGCGGCGGCGGCGGCGACAGGUGGCGCGCGGCGCGGCCGGCAGCGGGUCGGGCCAUGGCCGCCUCCGAGCGGCUCUGCGAGUUGUGGCUGCUGUACUACGCGCAGAAGGACCUGGGCUACCUCCAGCAGUGGCUGAAGGCCUUCGUGGGGGCCUUCGAAAAGACCAUCUCCCUGUCCUCCCUGGAACCACGAAGGCCAGAGGAGGCGGGUGCGGAGAUCCCGCUGCUCCCGCUGGAUUCCCUGCAUGUGUUAGCCGAGCAGCUGGACCGGGAGGACCUGGAGCAAGCCCUGCUGCUGCUCAAGCUCUUCGUCAUCCUCUGCAGGAACCUGGAGAAUGUGGAGGCGGGCUGGGGGCAGGUUCUGGUGCCCCGGGUGCUGGCGUUACUCAACAGGCUGGUGGCUGAGCUCAGAGGACCCCCUCCACCACCAGAGGGGCGUGGGGCCCAGCUGGAGCACGUGGCCCUGCAUGCCCUCCUCCUCUGUGAGGGUCUCUUUGACCCCUACCAGACCUGGCGGCGCCAGCAGAGUGGGGAAGUCAUCAGCUCCAAAGAGAAGAACAAAUACAAGUUCCCUCCUGCAGUGUUGCCCAGUGAAUUCGCCACCUUCUUCCAAGAGAGCCUGCAGGUCGCAGAUGGCCUGCCCGCCGGGCUGCUGUUGCGGCUUAUCCAUCUCUUCGGCGCUGUCCUGGCGGGAGGAAAGGAGAACGGGCAGGUGGCCGUGAGUGCCGGCUCCGUGCAAGGCCUGCUGGGAGUGGUGUGGGGCUGGGGGCGUGGUCCGGCCCCGGACUCCCGGCUAGUGCCCGCGGCGCUGGAGGCGCUGGUGGGGGCGGUGCACGUCCUCCAUGCCAGCCGCACUCCGCCCCGCGGCCCGGAGCUCCGGGCCCUGCUGGAAGGCUACUUCCGUGUCCUCAACUCCGACUGGCCGCCGAGUCCCGGCUCGGGCCCCGAAGAAGCCCUGGUCACCCUGCGGGUCAGCAUGCUGGACGCCGUCCCCAUGAUGCUGGCGUGUGAGGACCGGCCCGCGCUGCAAGCUACCUUCCUCAGCAACAACUGCUUCGAGCACCUCACGCGCCUCAUCCAGAACAGCAAGCUGUACCUGCAGGCCCGGGCGCCCCCUGAGGGGGACAGUGACCUGGCUACCCGGUUACUGACCGAGCCCGAUGUACAGAAGGUACUAGACCAGGACACCGAUGCUAUUGCGGUCCACGUGGUCAGGGUGCUGACCUGUGUCAUGAGCGGCUCCCCUUCAGCCAAGGAGGUGUUCAAGGAACGCAUCGGGUACCAGCACCUGCAGGAGGUCCUGCAGAGCCACGGGCCCCCUACCCACCGCCUUCUGCAGGAGCUGCUCAACAUGGCCGUGGAGGGCGACCACAGCCUGUGCCCGCCGCCCCCCAUCCGCAACGAGCAGCCGGUGCUGGUGCUCACGCAGUGGCUGCCCGCCCUGCCCACGGCCGAGCUGCGGCUCUUCCUGGCCCAGCGCCUCCGCCGGCUCUGCGGCAGCUGCCCCGCCAGCCGCGCCACCUGCGUGCAGGCGGGCCUGGUGGGCCGGCUGCUGGAGGCGCUGGGCGCGGGGCCGGCGCUGGGGGCCCGCUGCCACGAGCAGCUGCUGGCGCUGCUGCAGGCCCUGGGCCGCGUGUCCCUGAGGCCCUCGGAGCUGCGCCGCUUGCUGCGCCCCCCGCCGGGGCCGGACGCCGAGGCUCGGAGGGCCCACCACGCGGGCGCCGUCAUCCGGGCGCUCUCGGGCAUGGCCCGGCACCGGGGUCCCGCCCGGGCCCUGCGCUACUUCGAUCUGACCCCCAGCAUGGCGGGCAUCAUGGUGCCCCCCGUGCAGCGCUGGCCGGGCCCCGCCUUCACCUUCCACGCCUGGCUCUGUCUGCACCCCACCGCCGCCGCGCCCGCCUCGCCUCUCGCCCAGCCGCUCCAGCGGAAGCAGCUCUAUAGCUUCUUUAGCAGCGGCGGCUCGGGGUUCGAGGCCUUCUUCACGGCGGCGGGGACCCUGGUGGUGGCGGUGUGCACGCGGAAGGAGUACCUGACCGUGAGCUUGCCCGACGUGCCCUUCGCCGACUCGGCCUGGCACUGCGUGGCCAUCGCGCACGUGCCGGGGCGCCGGCCUUUCAGCCAGAACCUGCUCCACGUCUACAAAGACGGCCAUCUGGUCAAGACGGCGCCGCUCCGCUGCCCGGCCCUUGGCGAGCCUUUUUCUUCCUGCUGUAUCGGCUCCGCCGGGCACCGCACCACCACCACCACCACGGGGCUGCCCUCGCCACCGGUGCCCGCCGCCCUCCCUCCUCCCCCCCACCCCUCCCUCACCCGCUCCCAUUCCGUCCCCGCCUCCUCCGCGGGGCUGGGCUGGGGAUCCGGGCCGGUCGCCCCCGUCCCGGAGGGCAGUAUCACCUCGACCCUGGCGGGGACCCAGGACACGCGGUGGGGCAGCCCCACGUCCCUGGAGGGCGAGCUGGGGGCCGUGGCCAUCUUCCACGAAGCUCUCCAGGCCGCCGCCUUGUGGAGUCUGUGGGUUCUGGGACCCAAUGAGCCAGCACCCUUCAAACCCGAGGGGGAACUGCAUGAACUUGGGGCCAAGCUUCUCUUGCAUUACUCGCCUCAGGCCUGUAGAAACAACAUCUGCCUGGACCUGUCCCCCGGCCAGGGACUGGAUGGCCGUCUGACAGGUCACAGAGUGGAGACGUGGGACGUGAAGGACGUGGUAAACUGUGUCGGGGGCAUGGGCGCCCUGCUGCCCCUGUUGGAGCGAGUGGCUACGCAACCCCAAGAGGCCGAGGCCGGUCCAGCCGAGACACAUGACCUUGUAGGGCCUGAACUGACCUCUGGCCACCACCCCCAGGGUCUGCUUCUCCCACUGGGCAAGUCUUCAGAGGAGCGGAUGGAGAGGAACUCCGUGGCUGCCUUCCUGCUGAUGCUGCGGAACUUCCUGCAGGGCCACGCCGUGAACCAGGAGAGCCUGGUGCAGUGCCAGGGGCCUGUCAUCAUGGGGGCUCUCCUGCGGAAGGUGCCCAGCUGGGCCAUGGACAUGAACGUUCUCAUGUCUGCCCAGCUGCUCAUGGAGCAAGUGGCGGGCGAAGGCGGCGGGCCCCUUUUAUACCUCCUCUACCAGCAUCUCCUCUUCAACUUCCACCUCUGGGCCCUCAGUGACUUUGCCGUGCGCCUGGGCCAUAUCCAGUACAUGUCCAGCAUAGUCCGUGAGCACAGACAGAAGCUACGCAAGAAGUACGGCGUCCAGUUCAUCCUUGAUGCUCUGCGCACCCACUACAGCCCGCAGCAGGAGCGCCCCCUGGUGGCCGAGGACCUGCGCACGGUGCAGACGGCGCUCCUGGGUCUGGCCCGCGAGUUCCUGGUCCGCAGCUUCUCUGCCGAUGACGUGCAGGUGGUGCUGAGUUUCCUGGCGGCCUCUGCUGACGAGGGCCAGGCGGUAGGUGCCCUGGAUCUGCUGCUAGCCCUGCUCCAGGGCUCCCCGGCACAAGAGUCCUUGGCCGUCUUCCUGUUGGAGCCGGGGAACCUCGAGGUGCUGCUCGCUUUGCUGGUGAGGCCAAGGUCGCCGUCUCUGCUGCCCGAUCGAGUCUGCAAGAUCCUACGCAGGCUGCAACAGAAUGACCGGUUGCCGGAACGGAGCCGCCAACGCCUCCGGCUACGGGAGAGUGGUCUCCAGGGUCUGGUUGCCUGCUUGCCCGUGGGGACCGUCUCCCCUCAGCUCUGCCAGGGCCUCUAUAAACUCUUCCUGGGGGCAGAUUGCCUGAACCUCUCAGACCUGCUGGCUGUGAUCCAGCUGUCCCUGCAGGCCGACCUUAAUGUCCGCCUGGACAUCUGUCGCCAGCUCUUCUACCUCAUCUAUGGACAGCCAGAUGUGGUACGGCUGCUGGCUCGACAGGCUGGCUGGCAGGACGUGCUGACUCGGCUGUAUAUCCUGGAGGCCCCCGGGGCUGGUGCUCCCCAACCCUUUUCUCCGGAGCCUCUCGCUUCCCUGGAGCCAGCCCCGUCCCCGCCACCCACCGAAUCCCCUCUUGAGCCUUCAGAUGUCUUCCUGCCCUCCGAGGCCCCCAGUCCCGACGCAGACUCUUUUUACCAUGCCCUGUCCCCGUUCUGCACACCCUUCGACCUGGGGCUGGAACGGGCCAGCGUGGACUCAGGCAAUACCCCCGGCGGCAGUAGCCACAGCGGGACUCUUACCCCUGCCAGCCAGCCGGGCACCCCUUCACCCCUGGACGGGCCCCGCCCCUUCCCGGCGGCUCACGGCCGCCAGAGCUCCAGCCUCUCCAACGUGCUGGAAGACGGCAGCCUCGAACCCGCCGUCAGCGGGGAUGACACCUCCAACACCAGCAACCCUCAGCAAACCCCCGAGGAGGAGCUGUGCAACCUGCUCACCAACGUGCUGUUCUCCGUGACGUGGCGGGGGGUGGAGGGCAGCGGCGAGGCGGCCUGGCGGGAGCGUGGCCAGGUCUUCUCCGUGCUCACCCAGCUGGGGGCUUCCGCCACGCUCGUGCGCCCACCCGACUGCAUCAAACGCAGCCUCCUGGAGAUGAUGCUGGAGUCUGCCCUGUCCGACAUCAAGGAGGCCCCUGCGGGAGGCCUGGCCGACCUCACCCAGCAGGCGCUGUGGCUGCUCCGCCUCCUUCAGGACUUCCUGUGUGCCGAGGGCCACGGGAACCAGGAGCUGUGGAGUGAGAAGCUCUUCGAAGGCGUCUGUAGCCUGCUCGAUCGCCUGGGCGCCUGGCCCCACCUGGCCAACAGCGCGGCCGAUCUCCGCGAGUUGGCGCAGAUCGGUCUGCGUCUGGUGCUCGGCUACAUCCUGCUGGAAGACCCGCAGCUGCACGCCCAGGCCUACGUGAAACUGCACACGCUACUGCAGACCGCCGUGCCGGUCCGCCGCGAGGAGGCCUGCUACGUGCUCUCCAAGCUGGAGGCCGCGCUCAGCCGGGCCCUGAACCCCCCUUCCCCGGAGACCCCCGCCGCCUCCGAGCGCUGCUCCUGGCUCGUUCCCCUGGUGCGCACGCUGCUGGACCGGGCCUACGAGCCUCUGGGGCUGCAGUGGGGCCUGCCCUCCCUGCCCCCCACCAACGGCAGCCCCACCUUCUUUGAGGACUUCCAGGCGUUCUGUGCCACCCCGGAAUGGCGCCACUUCAUCGACAAGCAGGUGCAGCCCACCAUGUCCCAGUUUGAGAUGGACACGUACGCCAAGAGCCACGACCUCAUGUCGGGUUUCUGGAACGCCUGCUACGACACCCUCAUGAGUGGCGGCCAGCGGUGCCAGCACGAGCGUGCCCAGUGUCGCCGCAACUUCCAGGAGCUGGUGUUGGAGCCGGUGCAGCGGCGGGCGCGCACCGAGGGGCUGCGCUACGCCGCGGCGCUGAAGCAGCAGGGGGCGCAGCACGCCACGGCCCUGCUGCACUGGGGGGCGCUGUGGCGGCAGCUCUGCAGCCCCUGCGGGGCCUGGGCGCUGAGGGACCCCCCGGCCCCCCACUGGAAGCUGUCCAGUGCCGAGACGUAUUCCCGCAUGCGCCUGAAGCUGGUACCCAACCAUCACUUUGACCCGCACCUGGAAGCCAGUGCCCUCCGUGACAACCUGGGCGAGACCCCCCUGACACCCACAGAGGAGGCCGCGCUGCCUCUGGCAGUGACCAAAGAGGCCAAGGUCGGCACCCCACACGAGGAGCUGCAAGAAGACCAGCUAGGCGAGGAUGAGCUGGCGGUGCUGGAGACCCCUCUGGAGGCCGCGGAACCGGACGAUCAGCGCGAGAAGCUGGUCCUGUCGGCCGAGUGCCAGCUGGUCACGGUGGUGGCCGUGGUCCCCGGCCUGCUCGAGGUCACCACGCAGAACGUGUACUUCUACGACGGCAGCGCCGAGCGCGUGGAGACGGAGGAGGGCGUCGGGCACGACUUCCGGCGCCCCCUGGCCCAGCUGCGCGAGGUGCACCUGCGGCGCUUCAACCUGCGGCGCUCGGCCCUCGAGCUCUUCUUCCUCGACCAGUCCAACUACUUCCUCAACUUCCCCUGCAAGGCGGCCGCCCGGUCUGGGUCGGGCUCCUCGGCCUCGUCGUCGCCCUUCCCGACUCCCAGGUCCCCCCCCUGCCCCGGCCCCUCGCACACCCAGGUCCGCAACCAGGUGUACUCGUGGCUCCUCCGCCUGCGCCCGCCCAGCCAGGGCUACCUCAGCAGCCGCUCCCCGCAGGAGAUGCUGCGCGCCUCGGGCCUCACCCAGAAAUGGGUCCAGCGCGAGAUAUCCAACUUCGAGUACUUGAUGCAACUGAACACCAUUGCAGGACGCACCUACAAUGACCUGUCUCAGUACCCCGUGUUCCCCUGGGUCUUACAGGACUACGUGUCACCCACGCUGGACCUGUGCAACCCGGCUGUCUUCCGGGACCUGUCCAAACCCAUCGGCGUGGUGAACCCCAAGCACGCCCAGCUCGUGAGGGAGAAGUACGAGAGCUUCGAGGACCCGGCGGGCACGAUCGACAGAUUCCAUUACGGCACCCAUUACUCCAACGCGGCGGGCGUGAUGCACUACCUCAUCCGCGUGGAGCCCUUCACCUCCCUGCACGUCCAGCUGCAGAGCGGCCGCUUCGACUGCUCCGAUCGGCAGUUCCACUCGGUGGCGGCGGCCUGGCAGGCCCGCCUGGAGAGCCCUGCGGACGUGAAGGAGCUCAUCCCCGAGUUCUUCUACUUCCCCGACUUCCUGGAGAACCAGAACGGCUUUGACCUGGGCUGCCUGCAGCUGACCAACGAGAAGGUGGGCGACGUGGUGUUGCCCCCCUGGGCCAGCUCCCCUGAGGACUUCAUCCAGCAACACCGCCGGGCUCUGGAGUCGGAAUAUGUGUCGGCCCACCUGCACGAGUGGAUCGACCUCAUCUUCGGCUACAAGCAGCGGGGGCCGGCCGCCGAGGAGGCCCUCAACGUCUUCUAUUACUGCACCUACGAAGGGGCGGUGGACCUGGACCACGUGUCAGAUGAGCGCGAACGGAAGGCUCUGGAAGGCAUCAUUAGCAACUUCGGGCAGACUCCCUGUCAGCUGCUGAAGGAGCCCCACCCGGCCCGGCUCUCGGCCGAGGAAGCCGCCCAUCGCCUGGCCCGCCUGGACACGAACUCGCCAAGCAUCUUCCAGCACCUGGACCAGCUCAAGGCCUUCUUUGCAGAGGUGGUCAGCGAGGGCGUCCCCGUGGUGCUGGCCCUGGUCCCCCACCGGCAGCCCCACUCCUUCCUCAUCCAGGGCUCCUCAGACCUGUUGGUGACGGUGAGCGCCAGCGGCCUGCUGGGCACCCACAGCUGGCUGCCCUACGACCGCAACAUCAGCAAUUACUUCAGCUUCAGCAAAGACCCCACGCUGGGCAACCCCAAGAUGCAGCGGGUGCUGAGCGGCCCGUGGGAGCCGGGCAGCGGCGCGCGCGGGCCGGCCCUGGCCGUGGCCCCCGACGGCAAGCUGCUGUUCAGCGGCGGCCACUGGGACGGCAGCCUGCGCGUGACCGCGCUCCCCCGAGGCAAGCUGUUGAGCCAGCUCAGCCGCCAUCUUGACGUCAUCACGUGCCUGGCGCUGGACUCCUUUGGCAUCAACCUCGUCUCGGGCUCCAGGGACACCACGUGCAUGGUGUGGCGGAUCCUACAGCAGGGGGGGCUGGCCGUGGGGCUGGCCCCCAAACCCGUGCAGGUCCUCUACGGGCACCAGGCCGCCGUGAGCUGCGUGGCCAUCAGCACGGAGCUCGACAUGGCCGUGUCCGGCUCGGAGGAUGGAACCGUGCUGGUCCACACCGUGCGCCGGGGCCAGUUUGUGGCAGCGCUGCGGCCCCCGGGAGCCACGCUGCCCGGCCCCGUGUCCCACCUGGCUCUGGGGGCCGAAGGGCAGAUGGUGGUGCAGAGCUCGGCCCAGGAACGUCCUGGGGCCCAGCUGGCCCACGCCCUGCACCUGUACUCGGUGAACGGGAGGCUGCGGGCGUCGCGGGUCCUGGGCGAGCGGCCCACGGCGCUGGCGGUGGCCGGGGACUUCGUGCUGCUGGGCACGGCGCAGUGCGCCCUGCACAUCCUCCACCUGAACACACUGUGCCCCGCCGCGCCCCCCCUGCCCAUGCGCGUGCCCGUGCGCAGCGUGGCCGUGACCAAGGAGCGCAGCCACGCGCUGGUGGGCCUGGAGGACGGCAAGCUGAUCGUGGUGGGCGCCGGGCAGCCCUCCGAGGUGCGCGGCGGCCAGUUCGCCCGGAAGCUGUGGCGGUCGUCCAGGCGCAUCUCCCAGGUGUCCUCCGGGGAGACCGAGUACAACCCCGGGGAGGCUCGCUGAGCCGGCUCCGCCCAGCGGCCCGGGGGCCCCGCCCUCAGCGGCCCCAGAGCCCCGCCCAGCGGCCCGGGAGCC